AUGUCGUCUCUUAACCUCUCUGAGGAUUCAUUGAAGGAACUUUAUUCAAGCCUAAAGGAUAUUGCAAGUGGUGAUGAAGUGCAUUUGUUCGAGGAUAAAAUUACUACGUUUAAGGCCAACUCUGGAAACACAUCAAUUGAAGAGGUCAAUGAUAAUGUUAGACAAAGAUUCUUAAAACCAUCAAAUGUGCUGGGGUGGGAUCUAUUAGAUGUGAUUCAAAAAGUCCCAAAACAUGAUGCAUUGAAUUAUGCUGAAAACAAAAAUAAUGAUAAAUAUAAUUAUUACGAUUUUGUUCAAAUGCCUCAACCAAUUAGUAAGACAUCAUAUGUAUUCAAGAGAAAAGGUAUUUCAGGAAACAUCGUUUCCCAUAAGGAGGAGGUAUCGUUAAAGGAAGUUUCAAAAGCUAAUGCAUCCAACUCUCUGUCGUUAACUAGAAGCAUCGAUUACCAUAGUAAUACCAUUAGAGGUACUACAGCUCAAUUGCCAUUUACACCAGGUGGUAUCACAAUGAAAUCGGACGCUGUGUCUGAUAGCCGUUCUUCUGUAAUAGCAACCGCCACAAAAUUACUCCAUAAGGACGAUCAAGGUUUAUUCGAUAUUCCACCAGGUUUUGUAAAAGGUAUUCAACCUAGAACUGAUGAAAAUUCGACAAAUGGUGAAGAAGUUGAAGAUAUCAAACAAUUAAAUGAAAUUGAUAAUGAGGUUGAGGUUGAAAGAGAAAUUAAUGAAAUUAAUGCUGAAUCAAGUCAAGAUGUUCAAUCACAAGUAACAUCUAUCAUAUCUCAAAAAAGUAAAGAUGCGCAUGAUAAUACAGAUAAUGCAGAAAUCGAUGAAUUAUUACCAAUGGAUAUCAAUUUUGGGAGAUCUAUAACAAAAUCGAAGGACCUACUGAAGAGAAAAGAAUGGGCCCAUGUUGUUGAUUUGAACCAUAAGAUUGAAAAUUUCGACGAAUUGAUUCCAAAUCCUGCAAGGACAUGGCCUUUCGAAUUAGACACAUUUCAAAAGGAAGCCGUUUAUCACCUAGAACAAGGUGACUCGGUGUUUGUAGCAGCACAUACAUCUGCAGGUAAGACAGUGGUGGCAGAAUAUGCUAUCGCUAUGGCAAAAAGGAAUAUGACAAAAACAAUUUAUACUUCUCCUAUUAAAGCUUUAUCUAAUCAAAAAUUUAGAGAUUUCAAGGAAACAUUUGAAGACAUUGAUGUUGGUUUGAUCACUGGUGAUGUCCAGAUUAACCCAGAGGCUAAUUGUUUAAUUAUGACGACAGAAAUUUUAAGAUCUAUGUUAUACAGAGGUGCAGAUCUGAUUAGAGAUGUCGAAUUUGUUGUUUUCGAUGAAGUCCACUAUGUUAAUGAUCAAGAUCGUGGUGUGGUCUGGGAAGAAGUUAUUAUUAUGCUUCCACAACAUGUUAAGUUCAUAUUGUUAUCUGCUACAGUCCCAAAUACUUAUGAAUUUGCUAAUUGGAUUGGUAGAACCAAACAAAAGAAUAUUUACGUUAUUUCAACACCACAGAGGCCAGUUCCAUUGGAAAUUAACAUUUGGGCCAAAGGUAAAUUAUUACCUGUGAUUACUCCAGGUAGAGAAUUCGUAGAGUCAAACUUUAAGGAACAUAAAUCACUUCUUUCCGGAGACGAUUCUAAGAACUCAUCCUCGAAGACUGGUGAGUCUAAAGGAGGAGUUCAACGUGGUGGUGGCAGAGGUGGUCAACGAGGUGGCAGAGGUGGUCAACGAGGUGGUAGGGGUGGUCAACGUGGCGGUCAGCAUGGCGGUAGAGGUGGUGGCGGUGGUUCACGCGGUGCAGGUGCUGUGGGAUCUAAUAAGCGUCAAUUCUUUAGAAGAGCUGGCCCUAAUAAGAAAACUUGGCCUCAGCUUGUAGAUUUCUUGCGUUCAAAGGAUUUAUUGCCAAUGGUGGCUUUUGUUUUCAGUAAGAAACGUUGCGAGGAAUAUGCAGAUUGGCUUGAUGGGGUUAAUUUUAGUAAUAAUAAGGAUAAAUCUCAAAUUCAUAUGUUCGUUGAAAAAUCUAUUACAAGAUUAAAAAAGGAUGAUAGAGAAUUACCUCAAAUCUUAAAAAUAAGAUCAUUGUUGGAAAGAGGUAUUGCUGUCCAUCAUGGUGGUUUAUUGCCUAUUGUUAAAGACUUAAUUGAAAUUCUUUUUGCAAAGGGGUUUAUAAAGGUAUUAUUCGCUACUGAGACGUUUGCUAUGGGUCUAAACUUACCUACAAGAACAGUUGUAUUCAGUGAAAUCCAAAAACAUGAUGGAAACGGGUUAAGAGAUUUGACUCCAGGCGAAUUCACUCAAAUGGCUGGUAGAGCAGGUCGUAGAGGGUUAGAUAAAACAGGUACUGUUAUUAUUAUGGCGUAUGAACCUUUUAGUUCACUAUCAUUCAAGGAAAUUACACUAGGGGUACCAACCAAAUUGGAGUCACAAUUUAGAUUAACUUAUAAUAUGAUCUUGAAUUUAUUAAGAAUAGAGGCUCUGAAGGUGGAAGAAAUGAUCAAGUAUUCCUUCAGUGAAAAUACGAACCAAACUUCCAAACCUGAACAUGAGAAGAUAAUCAGGGAAUUGCAAGGCCAAUUAGAGAGUGUUAAGGAAUAUGACUGUGAUUGUUGUGGAAAUGAUCUUGACCAAUUCUUAGACGCCAGUAAUAGGUAUAGGGAAAAAACCAAUUUAAUGAUGGAGGAAAUAUCAAAAUCAAAUUCAGUUCAUAGAAUUUUAAAAGAAGGUAGAUUAAUUGUUUUCCGUGAUCAAAAUAAUGAUCUUAGAUUAGGUUUCAUUGUAAGAAAUAGUAUUAAUCAAGGUGUGGCUGUCGUUAUGGUGUUUACAGAACCGAAUAAACUAACAGAUGGAGAAACUAACCAUCUUAUUUAUCUUCCUGAUUUUAUUGACUAUACAAAGACUGCUAUUGGUAGUUUUAGAGAGGUUCCAUAUUUCAUGGACAAAAUUCCAUACACAUCUAUUGAAUUGAUCACUGCAUAUAAUCUGAAGGUACCUUUUGCUAGUAUAAUAAAGCAAGAGCCUGAGGUCAUUGAGAAAUUUAAAUUUGAAAUGAAAAUUAUUUUAAAACUCUCAGACAGAUUCAAAGAAACAAGUUAUGGUAUGAAAGGUAGUUUGAAGGCUCAUCAAUAUAUUCAGGAGAGGGAAAACAUCAGAAAGGAGCUAAUAUCAUUUAAGAGUGCGAUUUGUCCAAAGUUAGCUCUACACUUUAUUCCAAAAUACAAGAAAUAUCAGAUCGAGAAAAAUAUAAACCAUUUGAAGCAUUUAAUGUCUGACGAGAAUUUAAAUUUGUUGCCUAACUACGAACACAGAUUGGAUGUUUUACAAUCUGCUGGUUUCAUUGAUCCUAAUCACAACGUUCUGUUGAAAGGUAGAGUAGCAUGUGAAAUCAAUUCUGGUUACGAAUUGGUAUUAACUGAACUGAUCUUGGAUAAUUUCUUGGGUGAUUUCGAGCCAGAAGAAAUUGUGGCAUUGCUUUCCGUAUUUGUUUAUGAAGGUAGAACUAGGGAAGAAGAGCCACCUAUCGUUACUCCUAGACUAGUUAAAGGUAAACAAAGAAUACAAGAGAUUUAUAAAAAUAUGUUAGCAAUCUAUGAGGAAAACCAAGUUACACUGACUCAGGAAGAAGCCGAAUUUCUGGAAAAGAAAAGGUUUGCAAUGGUCAACGUUGUUUAUGAAUGGGCAAGAGGUAUGAGCUUCAAAGAAAUUAUGGAAAUUAGUCCAGAAGCAGAAGGUACUGUUGUUAGAGUAAUCACUUGGCUAGAUGAAAUCUGUCGUGAAGUUAAAACCGCAUCUAUUAUCAUCGGUAAUUCAAAUCUUCAUAUGAAGAUGGAUAAAGCCCAAGAAUUGAUUAAAAGAGAUAUUGUUUUUGCCGCCAGUUUGUAUUUGUAG